UGGUUAUCAUAUUCCCAUCCAAGUCCCACUCGCAAACGUUAGAGCCACGAAAGCCACAUCUCUCUCCCUCUAUCCAGAACAUGGUUAGCAGAUGAAGUACAACAUUCUUUCAGGAUGGCAAUGACCAAGUCUCUCGUGCCAAGAGUUCUGUGGGUGUGACUUGAGUGAGUGAAAUAGGAUAUAAAAAAAUUUGGUUCUGUGGUAGUUAUCUGUGUACUUUGGUGACACUAGUUUUUUCCACAAUGGACUUGGGGUUUCUUGGUAAAAUCCCGUGGUUUAAUGCUCAAUUGAACACAGAUUCGGGGAGUAAUUCAGUUCCUAUCGAUACAUUCACUGAACAACCUAAACAAGAACUUGGCAAUGAUUCCAAAUUGCCCUUUCUUUCAUUGUUUCCUUGGGUGAAUCGUGCUGGAGACAAAUUUCAAAGGCCAUCUACUAUCAACAAAGAGUUAAAAAGGCAAGCACGCCGCAGGAAUGGUGUAGGAAAAGAUGGUGAGGUUAACCCUUUGCGCUUCCGGCCGUAUGUGUGUAAGGUUCCAUGGCAUACAGGGGUUAGAGCAUUUCUUUCUCAGAUGUUCCCUCGAUAUGGACAUUACUGUGGACCAAACUGGUCAAGCGGGAAAGACGGAGGAUCUCUUGUUUGGGAUAGGCGACCGAUUGAUUGGUUGGAUUUCUGCUGUUACUGCCAUGAUAUAGGGUAUGAUACUCACGAUCAAGCGAAGCUGCUGAAGGCCGACUUAGCAUUUCUCGAAUGUUUGGAAAAGCACCAUGGGAGUACUAAAGGAGACCCUCAUGUUGCUCCUAUUUAUAAGACAAUGUGUCUUAAUGGUCUGAGGAAUUUUCUGAUACCAUACAGAAGGAAUAUUGUGAAUCUACAACAGUUUGGGCAACCUGUGAUUCAGUUUGGAUGGCUAAGCAAUUUGAGAUGGGGAAGUUGGAACUUUCAGAAAACUCAUAGAUUGAGCUCAGUGGGAGGAAGUACUGUGUCAUAGCUCAUAAAUUGUGAAUUUCAUCAAAUUUUGAAAGUAUGUGGUCCUGACCCCCCAAUCUUCCGAGCUCCUUUAGUUUUAAGUUUUAACCUUCUGUUUGCUGGAUCAUGCUUCUUAUUGACAUCACUUCCACAUUUUGUAUAGACUUAGUGUUCAUAGCUUGUUUUGUAAAUUGCAACCUUUGGCGUUGUGUGACAUCUUGGUGCCAUAAGCAAACUUGUUAUAAUUUUUUUUAUCAGCAAAUGUUAAUUGUCAGUUUAUUAGUUUUUGUCAA